UUUGGAACGACAUAAUAAUACAAAAAGGACCAUGGAGUUGUACAGUCGACGAUUUUUCCUAGCUUUGUUUUUCAUAGCUAUUAACAAAACACUUGCAUAUAACGACGUAAGCAACACUUCAUCAGAAUGUAAAGAGAGACUGGACUAUUUGGAAAAACAAGUCGCCAAAUUAACAAAUGUUGUUAAAAAUCUUGAACACCAUCAAGAUAAACGUGAUAUAGAGCAGCCAGUGGCAUUCACGGCAUAUAUUGACGCAAAUGCAGCACAUAUUGGUAUCAACCAGGCAAUACCUUAUAACCGAGUAGCGUCCAAUAUUGGUGGAGGAUUCAACCAAAAUACCCAUGUUUUCACGGCACCAGUUUCCGGAAUUUAUCUAUUUACAUUUGUUAUAUCUGAAUAUUCCGAGGCUGAAAUGGUAGCUAAGUUGGUUGUAGACGGUCAGAACGUUGUUGAUGCAAUAACUAAUCCCGUAGCACCUGGUCAUGAUCAACAAGGAGUAAACUCUGCAGCUAUACAGGUCAACAAAGGUCAAGCAGUCUGGGUUGUCAAUUACUUUCGUAAUGAUAUUUCAAUUCGCUCUGAUGAAAACUACAGAUUUGCGUCAUUUUCUGGUGUUUUAAUUAAAGAAAUAAUAAUCUAAAUAUAGAAUUAAAAAUA